UCUAGUAUGAGCACCCUAGUCAUCACAAAAUAAAAAAACCGUGAUGCUUCUGUGUUAUUACCUAAUGCUUUGAUCUUUCUACACUCGCGAACUCUGUUCGCUGGAAUGGAAAGAACAGGCAGUAUAACAUUGGUCCAGCAUUUAUAGGAACUUGGCUCAGUGAUUUUCGCAAUGCAUCGAGUUGCCAGUGCUGGAAAUACAAACUCGGUUCGCUCCAGGAAAGAGAAGAGGUUGACAUAUGUGUUGAAUGAUGUUGAUGACAAAAAGCAUUGUGCCGGUAUAAAUUGUUUGGCUGUGUUUAAGGCACCAGUGACAGAUGGAACAGACUACCUCUUCACUGGAAGCCGAGAUGGUACAUUGAAGAGAUGGAACUUGGCUGAAGAUGGGGCUACAUGCUCUGCUACAUUUGAGUCCCAUGUUGAUUGGGUCAAUGAUGCCGUCCUUGUUGGUGAUAGUACUAUUGUAUCUUGUUCGUCUGAUACGACACUCAAGGCAUGGAAUUGCUUGUCUGACGGGAUCUGUACAAGGACUCUCCGUCAGCAUACUGAUUAUGUCACUUGCCUAGCUGCAGCACCAAAAAAUAGUACUAUUGUUGCAUCUGGUGGCCUUUGUGGGGAGGUCUUCAUGUGGGAUCUUGAAGCUGCACUUAGGCCCAUUUCUAAGUCAACUGAUGCUGUUGAAGAUGACCAUGCAAAUGGCGUUGUGGGCCCAGGGAAUUCCAACGGUCUGCAUUCUAUUGGCUCAAACAAUAAUAUUUCUUUGCACCCUACUCCUUCUCAUGGAUAUGUCCCAAUUGCUGCCAAAGGGCAUAAAGAAUCUGUUUAUGCAUUGGCAAUGAAUGAUAAUGGAAACCUUCUCGUGUCUGGAGGAACUGAGAAGGUUAUUCGUGUUUGGGAUCCCAGAAGUGGUUCAAAAACCAUGAAGCUCAGAGGGCAUACUGAUAAUAUCAGAGCUUUGCUUUUUGAUCCCACAGGCAGGUAUUGCUUAUCAGGAUCUUCAGAUUCCAUGAUCAGACUAUGGGAUCUAGGUCAGCAGCGCUGUGUGCAUUCCUAUGCCGUGCAUACAGACUCUGUUUGGGCACUUGCCAGCACACCUUCAUUCAGUCAUGUGUAUAGUGGUGGGAGAGACAGUUCUUUGUAUUUAACAGAUUUGGCUACAAGAGAAAGCGUGUUACUUUGUACCAAAGAGCAUCCUAUUUUACAAUUGGCAUUGCAUGAUGAUGAUAUAUGGGUUGCCACAUCAGAUUCUUCUGUAGAUAGAUGGCCUGCUGAAGGUGGCAACCCUCAGAAGGUCUUUCAAAGGGGUUGUACUUUCCUUGCUGGAAAUUUGUCAUUUUCACGGGCAAGAGCUUCUUUCGACGGAUCUACACUAGUUCCUGUUUAUAAAACUCCCUCUUAUACCAUUCCUGGAGCACCAACAAUUAUUCACUCUGUAAUUUUAAGUAAUAGAAGGCAUGUCCUCACUAAGGAUACAUCUGACUCCGUUAAGUUAUGGGAGGUGACUAGAGGCAUUGUAGUCAAAGAUUAUGGCAAGGUGUCCUUUGAUGAAAAGAAGGAAGCGUUAUUUGAAAUGGUAAGUAUUCCUGCGUGGUUUACUGUUGAUUCUAGACUUGGAUGCUUGUCUAUCCACUUGGAUAGUCCCCAGUGCUUUACGGCAGAGAUGUAUUCAUCUGACCUUAAGAUUGCUGGAAAACCCGAGGAUGAUAAGGUAAAUUUGGCACGUGAAACACUUAAAGGUCUUUUGGCACAUUGGUUGACCAAAAGAAGGAAAAGGUUUGGAUCCCAAGCUUCAGCCAAUGGAGAAGUUUCAUCCGCCAAGGAUAUCUCUGCUAGAAGUCUUACACUUUCAAGAACAGAGGUAGAAAAUGACUUGUUAGUCUACCCUCCUUUUGAAUUCUCUGCAGCCUGCUCUCCUUCCGUUAUUACUGAGGGCUCUCAAAGUGGUCUAUGGCGAAAGAAAGUCACGGACUUAGAUGGAACUGAGGAUGAGAAAGACUUUCCUAAGUGGUGCCUUGACUGUGUUCUGAGUAAUCAAUACCCACCAAGGGAGAACACCAAAUGUGGGUUUUACCUACACCCAUCUGAUGGUUCAUCUCUGCAGAUACUCACUCAAGGGAAACUGAGUGCACCUCGUAUAUUGAAAAUUCACAAAGUUGUUAACUAUGUUGUGGAAAAGAUGGUUCUUGACAAACCAGAUAGUUUGAAUUCUGAAAGUCUGGCACCUAGUUUUCGUGGAGGUCAGCCACAGCCUCUAGCUGGGAUCGAUAUUUCUUCAAGAACUGGUGGGAAACCUUGGCAAAAGCUGAAGCCAUCUAUAGAAAUCUUAUGUAAUAAUCAAGUUUUAUCAAGUGAUAUGAGCUUAGAAACAGUGCGGGUUUACGUGUGGAAAAAAUCUGAAGACCUAGUCCUCAACUACCGACUGGCUCAAGAGAAAUGAUUUGGCAGUCAUCAAUAUAGAAGCUGUCUAUCAUAGUGGAUGGAGGCGUCUUUUGCAACUGAACAGAAACAAAGGAUUGAUUCUCAAGUUUACUCCAUAACAUCGGUUGUGAGUGUUUUUGGUCCUCCAAAUGCAUAGCCACCAACCUAUGAGAAGACUAUUUAGGGACCAUAUAUAUUUUGUGGAUUUCGCAGGGAAACAUGUAUUUAGAAUGAAAGAAUUCUGUGCAAGUGAUUUAUUUAUGUAAUAAUGUCUCUUGAAGCUUUACUUUGUUAUAUGCUCUUCAGUUUUCUCAUUUCUGAUUGAAUUUUAAAUUUGAAGAAAUAUAUGGUGAGUUUUUAACAAAUUAAG